CCAAAUUUCUGUAGUAUGGUUUGUAGUAACAAUGGCGUGGUAUGCUGUUCCACAAAAAAAGUUUUAAAAUGGCGGAAGCCGAUACUAAAACCAUGCCAGUUGAAGAGUCGAAAAACGAUGAAAAAUUAACCCCGAAACGUAAAAGAGCGUUAGAUGAAAAAUCGUCUGAUAUGGAUACAAGUGAAUCUGAGCCAAAGAAACCGAAUUUGCCUGCGAUAAGUGCGGAUAAAUUAAGUGGUGUUAACUCGGAAACAAGGAAAGUGUCUGUCCCUUCCCAUAGAUAUACUCCUCUAAAAGAAAACUGGAUGAGAAUUUUUACGCCUGUUGUGGAAUAUCUAAAACUACAAAUCAGAUUUAAUCUAAAAUCAAGAACUGUCGAAAUUCGGACUUGUAAACAAACAACGGAUAUAGGAGCAAUUCAAAAAGCAGCAGAUUUUGUAAAAGCUUUCACAUUAGGUUUCGAAAUAGACGAUGCUCUAGCGCUUGUACGAUUAGACGAUUUAUUUUUGGAGUCUUUUGAAAUAACUGAUGUAAAACCCCUAAAAGGUGAUCAUUUGUCAAGAGCAAUCGGAAGAGUUGCUGGUAAAAAUGGGAAAACAAAAUUUACUAUUGAAAAUGUUACAAAAACAAGAAUUAUCUUGGCAGAUUCAAAAAUUCAUUUAAUGGGAUCUUUCCAGAAUAUAAAAGUAGCUAGAACUGCAAUUUGUAAUUUAAUAUUAGGAAGCCCGCCUUCAAAAGUUUACGGAACUAUGAGAACAAUUGCCGCAAGAACCUCUGAAAGGUUUUAAAUGGGUAGUCGAGUAUUGUAUAUCAUUUUACAAACUUGAGUAUCAAAUUUAUAUAUAUAUAUAUAUAUAGAUUGAUGAAAAUCAUAUUUUUUUUGUAUAUACAUCAUGU